UCUGUUUUUAUAGAAAUUUAAGAUUCUCUCUUGAAGUUUCAGCUGCCUAGAAAACAGUUGCUUUAGUGGUCUUACCCUUUUUGGUUUUUGAUGGCGGAUUCUGACAACGAAUCAGGAGGGCAUAACAACCCGAACGAAGGAUCAACAAGGGAACAAGAUAGGUUCCUACCUAUAGCGAAUGUAAGCAGAAUAAUGAAGAAAGCUUUACCAGCAAACGCCAAGAUUUCAAAGGAUGCAAAGGAAACAGUUCAAGAAUGCGUAUCGGAAUUCAUCAGUUUCAUUACGGGUGAGGCAUCGGAUAAGUGUCAGAGAGAGAAGAGGAAGACGAUUAACGGUGAUGAUUUGCUUUGGGCUAUGACGACUUUAGGGUUUGAAGAGUAUGUUGAGCCUUUGAAGGUUUAUUUAGGAAAGUAUAGGGAAAUGGAAGGGGAGAAGACUAGUAUGGGUGGGGGGAGGACUGGGGAGAAAGAUGGGGGUGGGGGUGGUGGGGAUGGGAGUGGGAGUGGGGUUAGUUCUGGUGGUGGUGGGUAUAAUGGUGGGGGUGGUGGUGGUGGGGGUAUGUAUGGUGGUGGUAUGGGGGGUUCAAUGAUGUAUCAUCCUCAAGGUGGUGGUCAUCAGAUGUAUGGUAGUCAUGGGUCAUAUCAUCAUAUGGGUAUGGGGGGUGGUGGUGGUGGAGGAGGAGGAGGUGGUGGGUCCGGCCAAGGGCGGAGGUAGAAUAUGUAAACCUCAAAUCCUGACUCCGCCACUAGUUACGUGGCAAGCUAAGGUAAAAUAUAUAAGCUUCAAAUCCUGACUCCGCUUCUGGUUACGUGGCAAGCUAAGAAAGAUGGAACAAAAAGAUGAAAAUUUGGAAAUUAAUCGAAUUAAUGAUAUGGUUAUGUGACGGUGAUGGUGGUGGUGCCGCGGCGGUGCAGGCCAAGGUAGGUGGUGGAAGGUGGAGAUGGUGAAAAGUUGGAAAACUUAAUCAAAUUAAUCAUAUGAUGUAUCAUUGUGUUGAUAGCUACUUCUAUUACUUUAGGUACUUUUUUUAUUUGUAAUUUUUGAAGCACAUUGACCUGUGGAGUUCUAGAUAAUGCUUUAGCUUUUUCUUACUUCUUUUUCUUUUGUAAGUUGAAGUAUUAGUGCGUUACAUGUGUAGUACUUUGUGGAAAAGUUGAUGAUUUGUAAUGGAGAUAGAAAUAGAGAGGAUAAAGAAGUA